UGAAAACUACAUUUGGACUCAGGCAGGAUACUCAGGUCAGGGGUGCCUACACUGCGUAUUGAAGUUAGACAGGUACCACAGCGCUGCACAUUGUAAGGGAGCAAUGGAACACUUAAAGUAAAAAUGGACCUGAACUAAGCCCGACUAACAGAAACCAUGUACAGGUGACACUGGUCAAGGGUUAAGAGCCUGGGUUCGAGAUGUGAUGACGCCUGGUCUUACUUUUGCCCACAUCAGAGUCAUUUAUCCCUCAGCCCCAGCAAGACCAUAUACACCUAUGCACGGAGCUCUGUCCACUGUUUGGUUUGACCGUUACAAGAUUUCACACGACUGCCCGGAGCAUCUACAAUCCAUAGACGCCAUGUGCAACACCUUAGGCUCCAUUAUUCAAGAUGAAGUCAACGCUGGGAUCCCCAAACAUCGUAUAAUAAUUGGGGGAUUCUCUAUGGGUGGAGCUUUGGCCCUCCACUUGGUUUGCCGGUACCAACCUGAUGUGGCUGGCGUUUUUGCACUGUCCAGUUUCCUGAAUAAAGACUCUGUUGCUUUUAAGGCAGUGGAGGAGCAGGUGAGAGCCGGACAGUCCCUCCCGGAGUUGCUCCAGUGCCAUGGGACAAGUGACGAGCUGGUGCUUCAUCAGUGGGGUGAGGACACAGCAAUGCUGCUGCAGAAGGCUGGGAUGACAACAGGUUUUCACUCCCUACCUGGUCUCUACCACCAACUGUCGCAGCCUGAAUUGGAGCUGCUGAAAACCUGGAUUCUUCGCAAACUUCCACCUAACUCAUCCUGACCCCCCUUUAUAAUAUAUGAAAUUUUAGCAAUAAAUGUUUAAUAUUGUUUUGUUUCAUGUUGUGUUUAUUCGUCCCAUUCCUUAUUUGUGAACCAGGUAAAGUUUGUUACCACACACACACACACAAAAAUCAUUGAACGUAUGAUACUUUAUUCUAGUGCUAAAAUCCUAUACUGAUAUCAAACCGAUACCGAUAUAUGCGGCCUUGGACAUAUGGCUAAUUUUAUUGUGGUGUCCCACUGGAUGCUUUAAUACUGCUAAAUGUAACAAUAACAGGUUUUUCCAAAUAAACAUUCUGUGAAAAAUAAGAACGACUACAAGUGAUAUUGUUAAAAAGUGUCUAUAUCACACCUCUAUAUUUAUUGUUGAAAUUAAAAUGGUGCAAACAUUAUUUUAUAUGAAAAUCACUUUCUCCUGUAUGCUUUGUUACAGUAAGUGUAAUGCAGUGGUCUCAUGCAUGUGUAAAAGCUGUUGUGUCUGCCAAAAGUUCUCUUUGCAUUUCUGUGGGUUUAGGAGGUUCGUCGCGCUUAUUAAAAAAAAAAUCUGGCUCUGGGUUGACCACUAUGUCAGGCAGUUCCUGUCAGAAAUUCUAGCCACUUUCACCUCUGCCCAUGUAAGAGUGUAACCGUUGAAGGGAAUAGUAUCUUUUCUCUUAUUUACCAUUCGACUGUUUGUUUUGUUUGUUUACACUAAAACACCCAAUAUAAAACAACAUAUCAUAGUUUAAGGAAUACAAGCAGAAUAUAAUUGACAUAGGGCAUGAGAGAUACAUGACUCCUAACGCGUGCGUCAUGCAGCUUUGCAAGAUGGAGGCUGACAACCAGGUAAUAGGCAAAUCAUUUACAAGCCCACGUCUGCAACACCAAAUCCCACAAUCAGGACACUCCAGAACAAAUGGCGGGAUGUCCUGUCUCAACACAAGGAACUCCAGAGAACGCCCAAUAUGCAACCUAUAACACGACUGCUAAGACUCCAAGCGCCCCUUUGACGCUGAGGCGGGACUCAGCAACUGUGCCGCACGAACUAAACAACCCAAACUGCGAUAGAAGAUUAUCCUAAACAAAGGCCAAACACACCCUUCUUCAGGACCACGGCCCGCCUCACCAGAGCCUUUAAA